GUGCUGGAGUCUCUGCACUGCCAGAAUGACCACAAGACCCACAUAAACUGCAGCUGGACGGAGAGCGAGCAGAGGCACGAGCGGCCCCUACUGUCUCUCUACCACUGCGCAGACGGACACAACUCCAAGAGCCGCUGUGCUUCGAGAGAGUCCCCGUGUGUACCGCACAGACUGCCAGUCCCGCUGCCAGACGGGCGCGUCACCGUUCACUGCCGGCGCAACACCUCGCGUUUCGCCAUCGGCACCAAGGACUCCUUCUUCUUCAAGACCGCCGCGCCCUGCCCUCCGGCCCUGACGAAAACACUCACCCCUCUUCAGCACGUGAGACCGGGACCCCCCCGCAACCUGAUGCAGCAAGCCGUGAAGGGAGGGGCCGUCCUUUUGGAGUGGCAGGCCCCCCCGAGCACCCCCCACUCGCGCCCGCACCCCUCCCUCAACUACCAAGUCACCUACAGACCACGGAGCAGCCAGGCCAGGACGGAAGUGGUGGUUUCAGAGCGGGGGUUGAAGAUCGAGGCUGAGUCUCUGGAGCCUGGCUGUGACUACGAGGCCCGGGUGAGGGUCAGAGACGGUACAGGGCCCUGGAGUGAGUGGAGCGCGGCGGUGGCGUGGAAGAGCCAGGACGCUCUCCUGCAGUGUGUGUUUGACAGACAGGAGAUGCUCUGCAGCUGGGAGGUGCAGAGAGAGCUGGCUGAGCUGGUGACCUACAGACUCUCAUACCGCCUGAACCACACCUCUCCUGCUGAGCGGUGCAGUGUGAGCGGCCCUCCGGGGGCCCGGGGCCCCGCAGACUCAGUGCUGAGGUUCAGCUGCUCGUUCUCAGUGUGGGACCCCGAGCAGCCGCUGGAGCUGGAGCUCCUGCCCACGUACAACAGCAAGGAAAUCCGCUCUCACAGAAACAUUCAGCCCUCCCCUCCCGACCCCGGGCAGGUGACGGAGAGGCACAGAGACUGGGUGUUGAAAUGGACCCCUACAGAAAACAAGCGCUGGGCCCUCUCCUACCAGCUGCGAUACUGGAGCACUGAGAAACCGGAGAGUGUGGAGUAUGUCGACUGUGCAGAGGGUGUCCGGUCCUACUUCAUCACGGAGGGCUCCCUGGUCCCCUCCACACAUUAUGCCGCGCAGGUUAGGGCCCUGAUUGUCCCAAAGGAGGGCGAGGACUCUUUCAUGGGACCCCCUUCUGAGUGGUCAGAGAGGAUGGAAUGGACCUCUCACCCAGCUCCCUGGUCCAUCUCCACGUUUGUGUACAUCUGCAUCGCUGUGCUGGUGGCCAUAAUCUUCAUCAUCCUCUGCUUCACCCUGCCAGCCUGUCGCAGGAGAUUAGUCCUGUGGAAGGUGUCCGUUCCAAGUCCCAUUAGAAGCAAAGUGCUGGAAGAAAUUAUGAAGAAAAGCUAUAGCAACAGGCUGUCCCGACAGAAGGACCCGCUGUCCCUACAGAAGGACUCGCUGUCCCAACAGAAGGACCCGCUGUCCCUACAGAAGGAGGCGGAGAAAACCAUCAUCUGCAGGGUGCAGGUCCUGGAAAAAGUUUGUCUGCCCAGCCCAGACGGCGGGGGCGACACACAGGAGCUGGCCAAUGGAAACAGCCCGGGACCCUGCUGGGAAAAGGACCCCAAAUCGGCCACACUGGGCCCUCCGUGCCCCCCUCAGCAAGGCUGUUUCAGCUUCAGCGGCCCCUACAUCCUGUGUCCAAGCGGCUCUCCGUCCGACACGCCCCGCUUCCUGUUCGAGCCGCCCUCCCUCAGCCAGCCGGGCGGGGGGUACGUGGGCGCGCCCCCGCAGCAGGGCGCCCCGGGGCAGGACGGGGCCGCGCAGGAACACGGGCGCGUACGCGACGGGUACGUGGUCUACCCCGGCGUUCUGAUGGGGGACCCCCCGCCGAAGCCGUCCUCGGGGCCCCCGGACUGCGCCCCCCCGGCCUACACCGCCGUUCCGGACCCCUUCCCCGGAGCAAGCGUCCCGGGGGGCCCUGAUGGGCGGGGGAGGGUCACUGACUACGUCAGGCUGUCGGAGCCGUUCUCAAGCUGA